CAGCCAAACAUGUGAGUGCAUUUUCCUUCAGUGAUAUUCGCCUAGGCCUAAAAUAUCUUCCCCUGCCCAUCAGAAGAGUUGUGCAGCAGCGCAGGGCGAGCCUCCCGUGUGUCCCAAACCAUCAGAAUUUUUAUUUUUUUUCUUUCCAACACAGUGGCCCCAUCCCUGCUGGGAGAUCAGAGCAGAUGGUCCGAGAACAAUAUACAACUCCAUCACAAGGAACAACCGUCGAGAGGCCGGAGAACCAGUAUGUCUACAAUAUUGGCAUUUAUGGAUGGAGAAAACGUUGCCUCUACCUAUUUGUCCUUCUUCUCCUCAUCAUCUUAGUUGUGAAUUUUGCUCUGACCAUUUGGAUUCUCAAAGUAAUGUGGUUCUCGCCAAGCGGAAUGGGACACUUACGAGUUACAAGUGAAGGACUGCGCCUUGAGGGGGAAUCGGAGUUUCUUUAUCCCCUGUAUGCCAAAGAAAUUCACUCCAGAGUGGACGAUUCCCUGCUUUUACAUUCGUCACAGAAUAUUACUGUCAAUGCUCGUAACUCAGACGGCCAUAUAACAGGCAGGCUCACAGUGGGUCCCAACGCAAUAGAGACCCAUGGACAACAGUUUCAGAUCAACUCGGCCAAUGGCAAGAUGCUGUUUUCUGUUGAUGAACAAGAGGUCUUGGUAGGAACAGAUAAACUAAGAGUGACAGGACCACAAGGGGCUUUGUUUGAACACUCUGUGGAAACGCCAUUGGUCAGAGCUGAUUCUUCUAAGCAACUAAGACUAGAAUCUCCCACUCGCUCUCUGAGCAUCGAUGCCCCCAAGGGGGUUCAUAUAAAAGCUCAAGCUGGAAACAUUGAAGUUCUUUCUCAACAGGACAUCAAGUUGCAGAGCAGCGAUGGAAUGCUGAUACUGGAUGCCGAAACAGUGCGCCUGCCCAAGCUCAGUCUGCCGAUUCCUCCUUCUGACUCGCGGCGUAAUUCUGGCGGCUCUCAGGAACUUUAUGAGAUUUGCGUUUGCCCAGAUGGCAAACUCUACUUGUCAGUAGCUGGUUAUGGAUCGACGUGCCAGGAAUACAGUCGCGACUGCCAAUAAAGAACACUGUCUGGAUGAAGCCCCCAUACAUUUUAUAGAGUCUGAAGAUGUCCUGCCACCAGCUUAGGAAUUUCGGAGGCAACACGUGGGUUGUAUAUUUGUAUUUUUAAAACCACUGACUUUUCAAGAGAAACAACGAUCUUAAUAUUUUUGUAGCCUAUGUAAUAUAGCACAAGCGAAUCCUGACUUGAAAAUACAUUACCACUGAUUCUGUCUCUGCUAAAACAAAUGGAUGGAGCUUUAGCCUGAAGUCCAGCAGGGUGAAUAUGGAAUAUGCAUCUUACAGAGGUGCUUUUCAUAUGGUUCCUCUGAUUGGCUGCUUUAGUUACCAUGUUCCUAUAGAAAAGCACUAUGCCCUAUCUUCUGUAUGUGUAAAAAGCCCACUGUGCCUGAGCAAUAGCAAUAGGAAUUGGUAACUACCGCCAAACAGUCUGCAGAAUGGCUGCCGAAACUGGAAUGGAUAAAGAUUGUUCCCCAGGGUACUUUGUAAAGCCCAAAUGUUCUCCAUGCAUUGACAGUGAUAGAAAAUAUAGGUGCAGACAAGUGACACCAUAGAUACGGUGGCCACUUUCCAAGGCUUUACUAAGGAAAGAGUACUAAUAAUAAAAAAUGGUGCCAGUCAAGUGACGUGAUUCAGCGGGUAGUUCAGAAUUCAGGUCAGUUCCUGUGAAUGAAUUACAAAAAAAAAAAAUAGAAAAAAAAAACAGUUGGCUCAAUGCUCUUGAUAACGCUACAUAGGUGAAACAGUCUUAAAGGAACAGUAACACCAAAUGAAAUAUAUUAACCGGACUUUUCAUACCAGUUUUUUGACUGUGAGCAUAUUUAAAAUUUUUCUUUAAAGUGAGUAUUUUAUUGCCUCGUGUUUGCUCUGCUGUGUCCAUCCAGCUUUUAUCAGUUCCAAGUUCCAUCAGCUUCAUUAAAGGUGGCCAUACACGGGCCGAUUGUAGCUUCUGCUAUCAAUCCCUAAGAUAUCGAUCAGGCAGGUUAAAAAAUUUAGUCGGAUCGGCUAGUUGAUGCGGUCCCCGGACCGACUUUGCCAAUACCCGUCGUUAGGGCCAAACGACCGAAUUAGCCUGGAUUCUCCCAAUAUCGCAUAGCCGUAGGUGGGGAUAUCGGGAGAAGAUCCGCUUACUUGGCGCUUACGAGCGGAUCUGAAGAUGUCUGGCCACCUUUAGUCUUAAAUGAUACAUAAAAUGGCCUCCCAUAAGCCCUAAAUGAUUAUUUCAUUUAAUAUAUUGUGCUUUCUAAAACUGAUGGUAUAUUUUUGAAAGUAAAGGCUAAUGGACAAAUUUAUUAUAAUUCAAAAUUAUGUAUUUUUUCUGUGUUUCAAGAAUCUUUUGCAAUUUCAAGUAUUCAAACUAAAAUUUUCAAAAUUUAUUAAUAAUAAAAAAAAAUAAUUCAGCAAGUAAAACUUUUCAGGCUUCUAUAGAAGUCAACAGGAAGUUUAUUUUCAGCAUUUAAGCAACUUCAUUUUUAAAAAAAAUUGAAAGCGAAAUCUUCUGGAUUCAAGAAAAUGAGGAAAAAAUAUGAUCAAGUUUGUGAUUGAGUUCUGUUCCGCAACAUCUCGAUCAGUUUUUCAUAAAUAUCCUAAAUGAAAAAACAAAUAGUUCAGAAAAAAAUGUGAUUCAGAAAGAUUAUUUGCAAAAAAAAAAAAAUGAAGCAAAAAAUGCGAUCAAGUUGAGUUCUUUUCUGCAAUUUCUCAAUUUUUUAUAAAUAUGCUAACGAUUGAGAGAAAAAAUGCGAUUCAGACAAAAACUAUUUGCCAAAAAACACAAUGUCUAACUUUGUUGAAUUUGAGAUAUUUAUUAGUAAUGAGCAAAAAAAUUAGGCAUGGAUUUGCGGUGAAUUUCCAUAUUUCCCCAUUGGCUGAUUUUUUUUCAAAACAAAAUUGUCGCCAGCAUUAACAAAAAAGGGGUUUUUUUUCUGCGCAACAUUUCCACCAUUUUGCGAAUCUUUUCAAAGAUUCACAAAUCUUUCAGCAAAGCGAAACGGAACAGAUUCACUCACCACUAAUAUUUAUCUAUCCAGACAACUUUUGAAUAUUUGAUUGAAAACAUUUACUUCUUUAUAAAAGUGAUUAUUUUUCCCCCCCAAAAUUAGUUUUAAAGUUUAAAAAAAAUGAAAACUGCUCAGUCUCUCCAUAAACAUAAUGGGGCUAUCCUUUUCCCACUUGUAAACUGAUCACAGUGUCGGACUGGGCUGCCGGGACACCGGGAAAAAUCCCGGUGGGCCCCGGCGGCCCAGACCCGACCCUUGCGGCGCUCUCCCUGCCUGACCGCUCCUCCCCUGAUGCAUUAAAUUUAUGCGGGGGGGUAAGGGUAUGCAGCCGGCGGGAGCCCCAGUGGGCCCUUCACCCCCCAGUCCGACCCUGACUGGUGAAAUAUGUACAAAUGCUUUUAAAACAUUUACCUUUCCUGAUGUUACUGACCCUUUAACACCGAUUUCUAUUUUUGAAUCUACAAUACAUUAUUAUUAUUAUUAUUAUUAUUAUUAUUAUUCUAAUCUAUGAAAUAAAGCCUGCUUGGUAUUUACCAGCCUUACUCUAUGCAACUUCCCAGGCAAUACUCUAUUGUGUGCUGGGUUUCUGUUCUUCAGUGUAUAAUGGUGUAUAGGCCUGCGGGGCAGAUGGUGGAUGAACUGUAGGAAUUUCACAGGAGGAUAGAAUAUAUGAGACUAGCAGAAUGCAGGACAUAGGGUAAGUGCACUAGAAAACAUGUAUACAAGUUUGGUUUAUAGAUUUUUCCCAUCAUAUGAAGCCGUUUCACAAUCACAAUGUAUUUUUAAAAUGUGCUUUUUGUGCAAUAAUAAAAUAUUAUCCUCAACUUC